GACAUUUUUGUUUUCUUUAUAAAAGCAGCAUUUGGAGAAAAAAUUCAUCUCUAAACAUAAUACCAAUAAGUGAUCAGGACCAGGACAGGAGAAAUGAAAAUUCUAUUUGUUUUUGUUCUUACUGCUCUGCUGAAACAUGCAGAUGCAAAGUGCUAUGCCGGCUCUGAUCCCGUACUGUGUGAUGACCCAGGAUGUGCAGGAUCCUGUACGCCAGGCAAUGGAUGUUAUUGUAAUAUUGAUCCAACACUUUCGUGUAUUCCAACUUCUUGUGAUCUCAAAGCCACUGAUUGCUGCCCUAAUGGUUUAUUCUGGAAUAAAAACACAUCAUGCUGCCAAGAUGAGCUCCUUUGUACUCCAGCAUGUUUGAAUGAUGAAACUUGUAUUAAUGAUGAGGGUGUUCCAACUUGUGCAUGUAACUUGACCUACUACAAGGGCAAGACUAUUGCUGAUUUGAAACCAACAGUGACCUGUGAUGAAAAAGGUACAAUGAUUCCUAAAGUUAGUAUAUGUCUUCUGAAUAAACUUGGAUAUGAUCCGAAUUCUAUUCAGUUGAAAGAUCAAUCUAGACUCGACUGCGGAUUUGCCUAUCCUGAAGUUGUUGAUAAUGUGCGUGUUGAGGCUUUUCAAGUCAAAGCUAAGGCUGGAUGGUGUGGAAACAGAGUGUGGGUCAAUGGUCCUAAAGUGUAUUACGAAAAUACACUUUACAUCAACUAUACUAAAAAAAAUUUGAUUACAGUCAAUCCUGCUGAACUCAACUUCACUUGUUCUUACAAUCUAACAAUGCAGACCAGCCUCAAUGUCACCCUUCAUCCGAUUGUGGUCACAACUUACCUCCCAGGUAUCAAUGGUAUUGGAUCAUAUCCCUUUACCUUGGCUGCAUUUAAGAGUUCUACAUACACUGAUCCAUAUAAGGAUGGUGAAAAUGUAAAUGUGGAAACAAGUGUAUACCUUGGCUUCUUUGUUACUGGUGCAGAUGGAGAUAAAUUUGCUUUAAGAGUUGUGAGCUGCUUUGCCACUCCUAAUAAAGUCAGGGAUGACAAUGAUCCCAACAAAGUAUCAAUUUUGGAAGGAGGUUGUGCAGCACCUGAUGCCGAGUUUGAUGUGGGAAUAGAUAGCAAUGGAGAUACACUGGAAGCCAAAAUAAGAUUUGGUGCAUUCAAAUUUCAGAACUUUGACACUUUAAACAUCUUCUGUGAUGCACGACUGUGUUACAAAUCUGAGGGCUGUACUGGGUGCAAAGCAGGCAAAGCGGCUGAUCCAAGCAUAGGCUCAGUGGGAAUUUCUUUGGGUUUGGAAGGUAACCUCAAUUCAGGAAGCUCAGUGCCCCAUGCAGCUUUCCCAGCUACUAUGAUGAUCAGCUGCAUACUGAUGUUUGUAUUCAAUAAAUUCUUCUGAGAAGUCUCCCAAGGAUUACUAUGUGGAAAUGAAUAUAAAGGAAUGGGCCACACAAUUUACUUAUAAUCAAGAACUUAACUGAAGAUUUAGAAAAUAUUUAUUUUUCUACACUAAAUAUCUUUGUAUCAUAUCAGAGAAUAAGGAAAAAAAACUUCUAUCAGACUAAGAGACCUGAGACUUCAUUCAGAAAAUGUGUAUUCUUUCAUCACUAUCAAAUAUAGCUAAGACUCAGAAAACAUUUCUAACUACAUUUUCUCAUUAUAACUAGGCAUCUCUGUGAUAAGCAUGUGCUACAAAUUUGAUAUAAUGAUCAACUCUACCUCUAAACUGAAUUUGCUUACCUGUUUUUCUUUUAAUAAAUCUAAUUUGAGCAAGAA